AGUUGCACACAUCAUACAAAGCAAUCAUGUUCACCAAAGUACUCUCUUUGAGCGCUGUGUUGGCGGUGGCUGCGGCUGGACUCUUAGCUGAGCCUCACUACUCCUCAGCUGCUGCUGUCUCAUCACAAAGCAUUGUGCGUCACGACCAGCCCCACGCUGUGGCUGCUAAGAUCGUGGCUGCCGCUCCCGUAGCGUACCACGCUGCACCCGUUGCAUACCACGCUGCACCCGUUGCCUACCAAACUUCCCCUGUUCACUACUCCUCCGCCGCAGCUGUGUCUUCCCAAAGCAUCCAGCGCCACGACCAGCCCCAUGGAGCUGUUGCUGUUGCCCCCGUUACCCACUACGCUGCUGCACCUGUUGCCCACUACGCCACCGCCCCAGUAGCCCACUACGCUGCUGCACCUGUAGCUCACUACGCUGCUGCACCAGUAGCUCACUACGCUGCUGCACCUGUAGCUCACUACGCUGCUGCACCAGUAGCUCACUACGCUGCUGCCCACGAGGAGGAAUACGCUCACCCCAAAUACGACUUCUCAUACUCCGUAGCUGAUGGUCACACCGGUGACAACAAGUCUCAACACGAGAGCCGCGACGGUGACGCCGUGCACGGCGAGUACUCUCUGCUCGAAGCUGACGGCUCUGUGCGCACAGUACAGUACACCGCUGAUGCACACAACGGUUUCAAUGCCGUGGUCAGCAACUCCGCUCCCGCUAAACACGCCGCUCUUGCUCCAGCACAAAGCAUUGUUCGUCACGACCAGCCCCAUGCUGUGGCUGCUAAGAUCGUGGCCGCCGCUCCUGUAGCCUACCACGCUGCACCUGUUGCAUACCAUACUUCCCCCGUGGCCUACCAAUCUUCACCCGUGCACUACUCUUCCGCCGCCGCUGUAUCUUCGCAAAGCAUUCAACGUCAUGAUCAACCUCAUGCCACCGUCGCUGCUGCACCUGUUGCUCACUACGCUGCUGCACCAGUAGCUCACUACGCUGCUGCACCAGUAGCUCACUACGCUGCUGCACCAGUAGCUCACUACGCUGCUGCCCACGAGGAGGAAUACGCUCACCCCAAAUACGACUUCUCAUACUCCGUAGCUGAUGGUCACACCGGCGACAACAAGUCUCAACACGAGAGCCGCGACGGUGACGCCGUGCACGGCGAGUACUCUCUGCUCGAAGCUGAUGGCUCAGUGCGCACAGUUCAGUACACAGCUGACGCACACAACGGUUUCAAUGCCGUGGUCAGCAACUCCGCCCCCGCUAAACACGUUGCUCCAGCUCCAGCACAUAUCCUCGCACACCAUUGAUUUAGUCAUUAAUUAGUUAUUUAUUAUUUAUGUGUCGUUCCAAGUUACCAGUGAUUUUAAUAUAGCAAUCCCAAUUGAGUACUUUGUUUAUUUAAAUCUGAUUUUACCCUUUUUACGCCUAUAUUUAAAUAUACUUAGCGGCAAUCAUUCC